AUGUUCCCAUCCACCAUCGCUCUCAGACAAACUUCCACCGCCCUCCGACGGCCCGUGCUCCGAUCCACCUCCAUCGCAUCAACCGGCUUGGGGAUCGCAGGUAGACGAUGGAACACUCAAGAGCAAAGAGGUGGUAAAUCCAAGUUGAUCUUCCGAUUCGGUCUUCGAGACAUUCCCGUCGAACUCUACCCUAUGGCUUUCGUCGUAGCUGCCGCAUGUGUUGGAGCAGGCUUCGCUGUCGGUCGACAUUUCUACCUCGAUGGUCUCCGAAUCGGCCCAACUGGCAAGAAAGAGUAA